CGCCACAAUGGCAAGCACGCUUAAUCCGGCCACGCUGGAAAAAUUGCUACAUCCGAUACAGGAAAUACGCGUCCGUUCGCUGCAGGAUAUCGAAAGCACGCUGAGACGUGCAUUGUGGGAGAAUGUGGACAUUGGCGUUAAUGCAUCCGCCCUGUUCAAGAACUUGAUACGCUGGUUCUGGCAUGUUCCGUUGGUGAUGGAGUUGACCGUGCUGGAGACAAUGUCGCUUUUGCUCGAGAGCAAAUACGGACAUGAAAUAGUAAGCUUCUUUACCCCGACGCGAGUAAUAAAGGAGCUGCUAAAAAUUCGUUACCUCAUCGGGGCGAAUGCAAAGUGCGACGAACUGGUAGAAAGCAUCAUAAACCAGGUGGAACGUAUGAAAUCCGGUUCCAGCACUACCACAUCCAGCAUGAGCAGCAUCGAUCUGGACAGUGUGGCGAAUAGUGUGGGUAGCCUAAAGCUGGACGGGACCGAUCUCACGAACGAUGAACCGGCAGUGAGUGGGAAAAGUAGAACGACCGUCAUAAACUCGUUUGCAUCACGGUGGAAAGGGGACGACACGUUCUACACCGAAUGCUGGGAUGUGCAAGACUCGAAUGUGAGCGGCGUACUGGAGCGGCUGAACGAAUCACUGUUCGAUGAGACGAAUGAGGAAAACUAUCAACGUGCCCUAAACUACAUCGUGUCGUACACUAAAAACUAUCCGCCGGAAUUCUUUCUCCAACCACCGUACGUUGCACUGUCCCUGUUGCAUCUGAUACAGACCGGACGGGUCGGCAUACGGAAAGGGUACGGAAUGUUGCUGUAUUUGAUAGAAUCAUUCCGCAAGCGGAUACGCCAGCGUAUGCUUACCGUUACAUACAUUCAGGCGCCGAAGAAGCGUGAUCGGACACAAAUAUCGCUCGGCGCGUUUGUGUACGAAAUGUUUAAACUUUGCAUUGAUCAGCUGAAGGAACUAACAGAUGAUGUAGAUAAGCUAGCGUCCAACAUGAUUCUGAUCGUGCUAAGCCAAACUACCACAUUCCUUAUGACGGAACAUUUUUCCGAUCAGCAAAAAAUUCCAGCCCACCGAUUCGGCGAACUGUGUGGCGAUUUUGGCUACCUGGCCAAACACUACCGGCAAGAGUGGGAGCUCGACUCGAAGAAAACAUUUACUCGCACACGCUACCGGAUUACGAUGCAAAUUUUACUCGACUUUGUACGACUGUGGCAAAAGGAUCUGGAAGCGGAGGAUGAGAUGGAUGAAACGGCCGCUACCCGGUACGGAGGCAGAUCGGGCACAUUACAGUACAAGUUUGUCGACAUGAAGCUAGGCUCGUCGGCACACCGGAAAGCGUUAGCCGAAUCGGACCGUGUCUGGCGUGACGAAUGUCUGAUAGCGUUGUACGAUUAUGCGCUGCGAUACUCCUGUCCGGAGAUGUACGAACAGUUGGGUACAUUGGUCGAUAAGACCGAUGCACCACUGUUGGACAUGCUGUCGAGCUUAAAGGAGAAGUUUAUCCCGGCGGUACAGCUGAUUCGCGACACGAGCGUAAAUGCGAAGCUUAGCGACGAACAUCUGCUGCUAAUCGGAUCAGAAGCGAUAAAAACGCUGUGUCUGCAUCGGUCGAUCGAUUUGGUGCGGAGCGUUUUGAAAGCGGUUGGCAACUGUUCCAGCUCCGUAGCGGAAGAUGAACCGCUGUGGGACGUUAUUGAAUCGAUUACGGUGCGUCUGUUGGCGAACGAGGAUGAAGAAAUCAGGAGUGAGGUUUACGAGAUCUGUGCGAACAUGAUGAAGGAAUUUAUUGGCCAGUUGGAUGAUGGAGCUAUUCUCACGCGUCGCGGUCUGCUCUCCAGCUCGGCACCGAAAUUGCGUGCCAUGGGUAUUCCCCUUUCGCUGCAGAUUCUUACCGAAAUUACGUGCUUUGGUUACAAAAGUCGAAACAGCAAGAUUCGCCAGUGCGCUGAAACCAUGCUACUGUUUCUGUGCAAUUCGAAAGCAUACCUGCGCGACAAAUGGGUGGACGUGCAGGAGCUACUCCUACCGAUUGCACCACUUCUGCAGGUGGCUGCCAUCGAACGGAACGAAACAAAGCUUGCCCGUGUCAUUAUCGCUAUGUUCCAUCCAGAUUUCGGUCUUCCGUGGCUCGAUGUACUACAAGGCAAUCUUCGCUUGCUGUUUCACAGUGAGAGCACUGUCCGCGAGGAAGCCCUCACGCGGGUACUAUUUCUGAUCAGCUCGGUCGAGCGAAGUGAAGAGUUUGCGCCUCGCAUUGAACACAUCAGCGAUACCAUCCCGAACACGAUCUGUAUGGUGCCGGUGCCGUACGGGUUACCGCGUGUGAAGAUUACCAAUGUGUACGAUGCGAGUGCGGUAAAGCCACUGCUGGAUGCACUGGAACAGGAAAAUGGUGAUCCGGCAUUACGGCGCAGCGCACUAACGCAGCUCAAUGUGAUGGCGGACGAUCCGGUACUGUGCGAGCUGAUACACAACACAUCCGGCUGGGUGUUGGUAAUGCAGGCGCUUAGUCGAUCGUUGCUCGUGGAACCGCAGCUAGAUUAUCCGGAUGCGGCCAUCCCGGCAGUGGGCAUACUGACGAAGCUGUGCUUCGGCAUCAAAACGUUCCGCCGAUAUCUCGGAUCAAACACAACGGCUUGUCAGCUGAUCGUACGCGCACUGCUUGCCCAUCAUCACAUACCCGUGUUCCGGAUGGAGUGUUGCGCUUUGCUGUUUUUGCUACUGUUUGCCGACUGCUCAACAGGAGCAUUGCCCCUGGUGACGCUGCCUUACGUUUGUGCAAUUUCCGCCUUUUCAACCCCAUUCAUAUCGACGUUCCACUGGCGCGAAAGCCCAUUCCGCGAAAGUUUUACCGGAAACGAGCUGUUUAAGAGCAUUGUGCUUCAACCGGAUCACGUGGAUAACCAAUCGAGACGUAUGGUGCAGCAAAAUGGUGGACAUUCGCCUGCCAACGGGGACAGUUUACCGUACGGAUUCCCAAUUCAGCAGUACGUGAAACGUUUCAUCCGCUUUACCUUUGCCGAGGUGUGGUUCGACGGAGUGGAUGCGAUACUUAAGCCGAACAAUGCGUCCAAACGCGUCAACAAUGCAUCCACCGGCAAUGAUGAGGAGUGGCCGCUCGAGUACCACGGCAACAAGACGGCAAUGGCGUUCGAUGCAAAUUUGCGCCUUACCAAGCAAGAUAUCCGUUGGAUAAAGAUGGUGGAUUUGAUAACCAUUUUUCGCAAAAGCUUACGACGACUUGGUUCUGCUAAAGCACAUACGGACGUUUACGUUGGGCUGGCCACACUGGAGACGAAUUUGAUUUUUCCGUUAAAGAAUUCUGUCUGUCAGCAGGGUGCAGUCAUUAGUGCGCUGAAGCGCUACCUACACACGCCUCCGAUGACGGUAGCCGACCAGGAGAUGCUGGUGGAGGUGUUAAACAUCAUCGGAAUAAUGUUGCAUCUUGGGUUUUAUUUGAUUCGCGACUGGUUGUAUACGGUGCUGGAAAUGGAGGACAAUUUCUUCCUCACAUUGUUACGCUCGGAAGAAUGCAUUGAAGCGCUGUACCGGAAGAAUGCUAACAUGCUGAGGGGCUUGUUACAGCUGUACAGUGGUUCGCAGAGCUCUAGCGAGCCUGAUCAGAAGGAUGGAAAGCGCGAGAUAACGGAUCGCAUGCCGAAACCUGUAGAACGUGCGACAAAAUGCGAAAAUGGUUGGGAUUUACGUGUGUUUAAUACCGCACUGGAGCAGUUGGAUGUGAUGCUGAAGAAGUGCGAUGUUCCACGUAUCGUUUCGUUGCUGGAGGUUCUUGAAACGAUGGCCGCCUUGCUGGAUGAUGUGCGACGGAUAGACAUUGGCGAGGUUAUUCCGAAGCUAUUGCUUUGCAUAAGGCUCGUUGGAUCGACAAGUUUCACCGGGUCCGCCAUAGUACGAUCGUGUCUGCUAGCGAUCGCACAUAUCCUAGAACGUUCCCCGGAUGAGGUGGGCGAAUUCGAGUGGAAGGCGAAACAUUUAAAAACCAUAUCGACACAGUGUGGCAAUAGCUGUACGCUGGUGCGUUCCUUUGCUUGGAAUAUUUUGGCUAAAAUUGCACGCACUCUGCCCGGUGCGGCUGCCAUCGUGAAGGAGUGUUCCUAUCUGCCCGGUGGUAUACACGCGUGCUGCAUCAGUACGAUGCUGGAUCGUAACGAAGCUUGCCUGGUGAAGGAAUCGGCCGUUGGACUGUUCGUGAAUUUGCUGUCCCACAGUGCGGACAAGGAUGGUUCGCUACAUUCGUCCGUUUUGCCGUUCGAUGGCGCGGCUAGCAUUCGACGUAACAGGUGGGUAGAUAACACCAGCAAUUCAACGAACGGGUCGGUGGAUUUGUUACUGGAACUUUUAGCAAAGCAACAGUUUUUCGAAGAGUCCGUUCGUUCACUGGAAACCUACACGUGCAUGGAGUUCCUGUUGGACGAUGACAACAAACAACAGACCGCCGUUAUCUCAGCCGACUUGGUAAAAGCAUACGCCGUACUGUACCGCUGUUUGCUCGAGCUGGAUCCGUUCGAGUUUGGUCAGCUCAUUGGGGAGAAAGGUUGCAUCCAGUGGCUGCUGGAAUGUGUCGAACAGCAGGCAAUGCUACCGAACCGGGCCGUGUGUCUGAUGGUGGCGGAAGUUUGCUUGCUGCUGUUGCGCUGCAUGGAAGAACCGACACGGGAACCGCUUUGUAUGCUGCUUGUGGGGCAUCAGAAUUUCUUCGAGAGCAUCAUUUACAUGCUCAAUCGGUGGCUGUACGGGAAGCUUACGCUGCCCGUGAUGGAGCAAACGCUGACCUGCAUUAUGCGGUUUCUGUGUGCGCUGGUAGUGACACCGAACGGCAAGCAGCACAUCCAUCUGGAGUUUGAGCAUCAGGAUGUGAAACCGAUCGCAAAGAUGAUUCAGAAUGCAAUUCUGCAUAAAUCGAAAGGCUUUCAAAUCAUGUGCCUCAAAUUCCUUAGCCUGAUGUUCCACACAUCGGACGCGAUCGCCUCGCCCACUGCCGAAUAUCCGUCCUUCCUGAUCCAAUUCGAAACGAUGGACAUGCACACCGAAAGUCCCGAAAUGUUAAAGUCCUCGCAAAUGUUUCAAGCCGAACAGUACUACGAGAUGGAAGACGACACGGAAAAUACUAAUCCUAACCGACCGCUGGCAACAACGGACACGGAGGAGAAACAAUCGAAGACGCACGACUCCAAGGACGGUACGAUGCGCAGUGGAUCAGCGUUAAUAUUUAAAGCCCUGUUGGCACGCUUUGAAUCGACCUGCAAUCGGCAGCAGCUAGAAACGGGUGGCAUCACCACUACCAACUACAAGCGAACCAUUUACUCGACACUUCAAACCAUGCUUCACUUCUCGGGCGAAGCAUGCCGAGUAGCACGGGAGCGCAAUCUGCUGGGAACCAUUCUCGAUUGGUUCGAUGCUAUCCACGAAGGAUUGAUUGGAAGGUUGACGUACCCGGAGUUUGUGCGAAAGCAUGGUGACGUGAAGAAGUUGUCGAUAAUGACGGAGCUGAAAGAGUUGGCCAGCAUACUGGGUACGUGGUUUAGUGUGCCGGGUGAACCGCUACUACUGCGCAUGGAUCAGAUCGAUCGGUUGUGCCAAACUGUGCUGCAGUAUUGGCCCUGGUUUAGCAAUCACGGUGUGCUGCAUAUGGAGUUCUUGCAGGUGUUGGCGUUCCUGACGGAAAGUCACAUAAUCGUUUGCAAAGCGCUGGCAGCAACCUUCCCGGGCUAUCCGCACAGUAUCAUGAAGUUGCUAAUUGUAACGGCCACAACGGAGACGGCAAAGGUUAAGGGUCCGAAGUAUGAUUUGCAGCUGUUGCGGGUUUCGUUGCGAGUGCUGAAGAAUUGCUGUUGCUGUCACGAGGGACGCAGUAUGAUCGGCAAGCUGAACGUGUUCGACAACAUUAGCAAGUUGCAUCCGAGUGUUACGAAGCUGCAGAAGCCAUGGAUUGAUGUGACCCAUAUGUGGCUCGAGUUUUGGGAGGUUUACACGCGUUAUGUGGAUGUGAGCGAAGUGCGUCAUCUGACUGUUCUUGGAGCACUGACGCGCAAAUCCGAUCUAGAAAUACGCCUUCUCGCAAUGGCCAUCGUACGGAAUCUCACAUUCGUCCUGGCAAACCGGCCAGCGCUGCUAGCCUCGUCCGACUAUAUGUUCAUCCUGUGGAAUGGUCUCCAGCGCACUUCCUGCCGCGGUGAGGUACUGAUGGCCGCCGUAACGGUGUGGAAAAUGAUUGCCAACAAUCAGCGAGGUAAGGCCGCCAUUAAAAGCAGCCCGCUGGUACGGUUAAUCGAGGGUCAGGUAAAACACUACUCCAUGACGCCGGAGGGGAACGAUCAAAAUGAGCUCUGGAACGUGCUUAUGACGGUGUAUCAUAUUUUGAAAGCGUAA